AGAUGCGGGAGAGUCGCAGCAGCAGCAGCAGCAGCAGAAGCAGCGGAAGCAGCGGCAUUGGUGGCGCGUGCGGCGGCGCGCGGGCAUGGGGUGGCGGGCUGCGCUCCCCUCCCCGCGCUGAGGGAGGCGCCCGGCGGCGGCGGCGCCAAGCGGAUCGGAGCUUAGCGCGGCGGCGAGCGUAGCGGUAGGAGCCGGCCCCUGGUCGUGGCAGCCUGCUGUCACCUUCCCGCCUGGCAAUGGGGAAUGGACUCUCGGACCAGACGCCCAUCCUCUCCAGCCUGCCUUCUUUCCAGAGUUUCCACAUCGUCAUACUGGGACUGGACUGCGCAGGAAAGACGACCGUGCUGUACAGACUGCAGUUCAAUGAGUUCGUCAACACUGUCCCCACGAAAGGAUUUAAUACGGAGAAAAUCAAAGUGACGCUGGGCAACUCGAAAACGGUCACUUUCCACUUCUGGGAUGUGGGCGGCCAGGAGAAGCUGAGGCCGCUGUGGAAGUCGUACACAAGGUGCACCGAUGGCAUUGUGUUUGUGGUGGACUCUGUCGACGUCGAGAGAAUGGAGGAGGCCAAAACAGAACUUCAUAAAAUUACUAGGAUAUCUGAAAAUCAAGGAGUGCCUGUCCUUAUAAUUGCUAACAAGCAGGACUUGAGGAACUCUCUCUCCCUUUCUGAAAUUGAGAAAAUGUUAGCAAUGAGCGAGCUGAGUUCUUCGACCCCCUGGCAUUUGCAGCCUACCUGUGCAAUCAUUGGAGAUGGACUCAAAGAGGGACUGGAGAAGCUACACGAUAUGAUCAUUAAGCGAAGGAAAAUGUUGAGGCAGCAGAAAAAGAAGAGAUGAGUUCUAUUUUGACCUUUCUAUUUUAGAGUAGUUACAUACGUGGUCAAAAUUUGACAUAAGAGCAGCUUCCAAACCCAGGCCUGCUUGUUUGGAUGCCGUUAAGCUUAGUUUCAUUAAACAAUCAGUUGCACAACCUUGCCUUGUGGAAGGCUGUGUAGUUAUGGAACUUUUUUUUUAUACUAGUCUCUUUUGAGUUUUAUGGCUCUGCGUUAUUUCAGAAGUCCUAAUGAUGAUGUAAUACUAUCAGGAAAUGGAUGGGUGGGUAUAUGUGACAUGGAUGUCUAAGUGGCCAAAUAAAACGAGGGGUUUCUGCUUAGUGUUGUAUUCAUAUGUUUGAGGGUGCCCUCUGCAAGCAGUUUGCAUUGAAGGUGUUCUGUGUUUUUAAACUUCUAAUGCUCGUACGUGGAGUGUUUAGGUGAACAUUUUACAGCUUUAAAAACAUGUAUGAAGCUAGUAACCCUUUUUUUUUUUCAAGAGGCUGUUUUUAAUCUUGUUUGGGGAUUUCUAUGAAAGCUUGGCUACAUGAGUAGUUUUUUUUAAUUUGGCACCGUUUGAAAUUGAAUUAUGUUCAGUUCAGAUAUUUGAAAUUUAAGUGCUGUGGGUUCUACAACUGAUAAAAGAGACUUUUUGACAAGUAUAAAUUGUAAACAACAUGCUGGAGCACGAAAAAAUGGUCUCUCAACACAUAGGACGUUUCUGGUAUGUGAGAUUUUUUUAGAAGUAGCCAUUCAUCAUUAUACAGUGCUAAUCAGGUUUGAGCUGUUACUCAAAAUUAGUAACUUAUUUCUGAAUGAUGAGUAUUAUGUCGUCCUCCUGUCAAGUUAAAGUGAAUUGCAGUAAAGGAGCUGUAAAGAACAACUCUGGCUGCUGUAGUUCUAACCAGUGCAGCAUUCUUUUUGCUUUACUGGUGACUUUUCUGGCAAUAAAGCAAAAUUAUAAUGAAGUAAAGAUGGAACUAAAAUUAGCAGAGCACAUCUUGUAUCUCCCCAAAAUACCCCAUUUUAUUAAAGUGGUAUUGCUAUGUCACUUUCAACGAAUGCUUUUUUUUUUUUGUUAUUGUGACUCAAAGUAUUUUGUGGUCAGGAAUGUAAUAAUGCUUUAUACACUCAAACAUUUGGCAUACGGGGGGGGAGGGAGGGGAGUUGGGGGGAAAGGGAGGGGAGGAGUUGGGAAAGAAGCUUUUCAAGAUGGGCCUGUGUUCUGCUUUAAUUAUGCUUUAAGCUGUUCUUGUUUACAGAGUGUGCAAACAGUGUUAACUGGGCAGGAUAGUGCUUGAUGGAAAAGGGAGGGUAGUUUUUCAUACUGGUACAGAGCUUCAAGUCACUCUUUAGAUACUUGGCUAGCAAUUACAAGGGCUAAAACAGAGCCUGGAUUUUUAAGACUAACUUAGUGGUGCUGUAAAAAUUUGUCAGAAUGUUAGGUUCUCUUUAAACUUUUGUUGGAAAUACCAGAUUAAGAAUAAAGAAAAGGCAAAAUUUACUUCCCCUCCUCUUACAGAACCAGCAAAGUAAUACAUUUUUGUUAUCUGCUGCCAUGUAUCAGGAGGAUGACAACCACAAACUGGAAUGUCAAUCAAUGUAACUUAGAUAUGUGUAAAAAAAAAAAAAUUAAACUUUUUAACCAGCAGCUGUUCAUCCAGGAGGUAACCAAAAAUGCACUUUAGUGUCUUCAAUAACUGAAAGUGACAGCUGUUGUUUUGGUUUUUUUUAAUCUUGGUCCUUUUUGAAUAAACUGAAGUAGCUUCCAGUGGAGCUUUUGUAUGUUGGUUAUAUAUGUACCUGCACUGGUGACAUUGUAAGUCACUUACUCAAGUAAUGUCUAUAUUUAUAGAAAUGUGGAUGACUUCUUAAACCUCAAUAAAGAAUUCAAAACAA